AUGAACCCUACUAUGCCUCCGCCCCCGCCCCGAAACCCUAACCCCUCCUCCUCCUCCAUGCCGCCUCCCCCGCCCCCCAAACCCUCACCGCCCGUCCCGUCGGCGCAGCCGGAGGCUGAGGACGAGCCGAGGCCUGAUGCCUCGAUGGACGAGGCGGACGGGAGUGCUAAACUGAGCUUCUCCUCCUCUAUGCCGCCUCCACCGCCACCAAGACCCUCGCCGCAGCCCGAGGCGGAGGCAGCGUCGGAGUCUGAAUCGUCGGCCGACGGGAGCGCUAACCCCAGCCAUAGCGACUCGUCGGCAGGGGAGGAAAGGAACCCCGGUGGCGACACCGAGAUGGCCGAGGCGGCGCCGCCAGAGCAGCGGCAGCAGCCGCGGCCGCGCGUACCAUACGCCAUCCCCGACUGGAGCGCCGCCCCGGAACACCCCUUCUUCCUCGAGGUGCUCAAGGAAGGCCUCAUCCACGAGAACCUUGACGUGUCCAAGAAAGGAGCUUACAUGUUUGGCCGAAUUGAUCUGUGCGAUUUCGUGCUGGAGCAUCCCACCAUUUCCCGUUUUCAUGCAGUUCUGCAGUUUAGAAAUGACGGGCAGGUUUUCCUUUACGAUCUUGGAAGCACACAUGGUUCUUCCAUCAACAAAACUCAGGUCAAGAAGAAGAUGUACACACCGAUUCAUGUUGGAGAUGUAAUUCGAUUUGGGCAAUCAUCACGUUUGUACAUUUUUCAAGGACCAUCUGAGCUAAUGCCUCCAGAAAAGGAUAUGCAGAAACUCCGUGAUGCUAAGAUUCGGCAAAAUAUGCUUGAUCGUGAAGCUUCCCUUUUACGAGCGAAAACUCAAGCAGUUUUAGCAGAUGGGAUCUCAUGGGGUAUGUCUGAGGAUGCACCUGAAGAAGACGGGGAGGAUGAGGCAGAUGAGAUCACGUGGCAAACCUACAAAGGUCAGCUUACGGACAGACAGGAAAAGACACGCAGCAAAUUAAUAAAGCGAAUGGAAAAGGUUGCCAACAUGAAGAAAGAGAUCGAUGCAAUACGAGUCAAGGACAUUUCUCAAGGUGGGUUAACCCAAGGUCAGCAAACACAGAUUGCACGAAAUGAGCAAAGGAUAUCUCAGAUCAUGGAGGAGCUAGAAAAUCUAGAAGAAACAUUAAAUGACAGUAUACAAGAAAGUCUUGGUGCACGUGCUGGAAAACCAAAACGUGGUAGCCAUAAAGCAAGUCUUGAGGAAGAAGAUGACGUUAUUAGUGACGACGAUGAAUUUUUUGACCGGACAAAGAAGAAAUCAUCUAAUCCUCAAUCUAGCGGGCAACAAUCAGUUGAGACUGCUGAUAGUCUCCUUGAUAAAAAGGAUUUCAUCAACAAUGAUAUUGAAGGUAAAAAGAAGUUGCUUGAAGAAGAGAAGAUUAAGCUGGCUCAGAGAGAUAAUGCAGAUCUUGGGGAUGACCUUGAUGCUUACAUGAGUGGAUUGUCAUCUCAAUUAGUACACGAUAAUAUUGCCACAAUUCAAAAGGAGCUUUCUGAUCUUCAAGCUGAACUGGACAAAGUAGUUUACCUACUGAAGGUAGCUGAUCCUAUGGGAGAAGCAGCUCGCAAGAGGGAUUUAAAGCCAAGAGAAGGAAACCCUCAAGCAUCUAAUGAUAAUCCUAGACCAGAAUCCAAAAAACAGGACAAAAUUGCCCAAGACAAAACCUCAACGGAGGAGAACUUGAAGGAUUCUUUUUCUACCAAAACAGAAGCGGAUAAACCUGCUGAGGUAGAAACAGAUGUCCCCCCAAACCAAGAAAAUGCCAGCAAACCUGCAUUCACCAUACCAAAACCUCAGUGGCUUGGCGACAAGAGAAUCAUAGAACCUGAAGAAAAUUGUAUAAAAGAAGGAAACACGAAUGCUGAGGAGCCUGAUGAUUUUGUGGACUACAAAGAUCGGAAAACUAUUCUUUCUAAUUCAGCCAAUGAAAAGGAUAUUGAAGGGGCUGCUCCUGGGCUUAUCUUACGGAAGAGAAAGUCUGCUGAUCAGUCAGCUGGCGUUGAAGCAGAAUCUUCUUCGGUUGAAUCCGAAGCAUCAGCAGCUGAUGCGGUGGCCCUUCUGCUGAAGCACACACGUGGUUUACAACCUGCAGAAGACAUUGAGAACAAGAAUGAACCACAGACUAGCAAGAGAAAAGGGAAAAAGUCGAAACAAAAACGUGUACUGGGUCCUGCAAGACCAGAUUUUCUUGAAGCUGGUCCAGAUCAUGAAACAUGGGUGCCACCUCAAGGUCAAACUGGUGAUGGGCGCACUUCAUUGAAUGAUCGUUUGGGUUAUUGA